AUGUCGGACGCAAGAUUACGGCGGGUACAGAAGGAGAUCCGAGACUGUGCGAAAGAUAAGACGAGUCAAAUAUCCAUCGAGAUGAUCGAUGAGAACCCCUUCCACCUUGUUGGUGCCUUCCCUGGACCGCCAGAUACACCGUACGAAGGCGGGUACUACGAAGUCGAUAUCAAUAUACCCGAGACGUACCCAUUUCAGCCCGUCAAGAUGAAGUUCAUCACAAAAGUCUAUCACCCAAAUGUCUCAUCAGCAUCAGGAGCGAUCUGCUUAGAUAUUCUGAAAGAUGCCUGGUCACCCGUCCUCACUCUCAAAUCCACCCUCAUCUCACUCCAAUCCCUCCUCAACGAACCCGUGCCCGAAGAUCCACAAGAUGCCGAAGUCGCCAAGCACUACAAUUCCGACCGCGCUGGAUUCAUAAGUACAGCCAAGCACUGGGCGCAGGCGUACGCACAGGCACCGGUGCAUAAGCAGCAGGGCGGGGUGACUGGCGGAGGUGGCACAAAGAAGGUGACGGAUGCGGAGAUGGCGGGGCUGAGUGAGGCGAGCGUUUCGCAGUUUGUGGAUAUGGGCUUUGAGCGGCCAAAGGUGAUCAGCGUCUUAAAGCGCAUGAACUAUCGCGGGAACAACAUUUCGAAUAUAAAUGAGAACACAGUCCUGGAAGAACUGUUCAAGUAG